AUGGGUGCAACAUUUUCGUCCACGAAACAAAAACCUGUUGAUUUUGAACGUCAUUUAUUAGGUUAUAAAACUGCAGCUACCUCUUUACCACCAGAAUGUCUUCGUGAAGUCUUUGAAUAUCUUGAUAAAGGCUCUCUUUAUUCUUCUCUUCUGGUUAAUAGAAGUUGGUGUAAAGUAGUUGUUCCUUUAUUAUGGAGAACACCUUUUCGAACAGCAAACGGACCGUCACUUGAGACAGCGAAAAUUAUACAAACUUACCUUACUUGUCUUUGUGAAAAAUCAAAAGCAUAUCUCAUUAGCAAUGGA